UCCUCAGUAAUAGUUUAGAAACUAGUCCGUUCCAUAUUAACAUGCCGAGAACAAGACUGCAAGCAGCAGAAGCCAGGAGAAGAAAAUCUCUUCCUAGAAAAAGGAAAUAAUGUUGGAAACAAAAGCAACAAUCCUAUCAUUUCAUCGUUAACUACCAUCACAUGAAUACCCCCUUGAAAAAUCACCCAAUUCUCCAACUCUUGUAUAGAUGCAAAACCUUAAAUUCGUUGGGGCAAAUUCAUGCCCAGAUGAUCACAACAGGCCUCAUCCUCCACACCUACCCUUUAAGCCGCAUCAUCCUUGUUUCCUCCUCCAUCGCCACCAACAUAUCUUAUGCAGAAACCAUCUUCAACCAAGUCAAAAACCCAACAAUUUUCCUGUACAACAUCCUCAUUUCAUGCUAUACCACGAAAGGCAAAAACCAUGAUGCAUUAUCACUGUACAACCGAAUUUUUAGUAAUAAUAUGACUAGCUCUGCAAAACCCAAUAAUUAUACAUACCCAUCUCUUUUUAAGGCCUGUGGAGCUCAACUAUGGUUCCAACAUGGAAAAGCCUUGCAUGCCCACGUCCUAAAAUUUCUUGAACCUCCCUAUGAUCAAUUUGUUCAAGCCUCGUUGCUUAAUUUUUAUUCAAGCUGUGGGAAAAUUGGUGUUGCCAGAUAUCUUUUUUAUCAGAUUAGUCAGCCUGAUUUGGCUGUGUGGAACUCUAUACUCUCAGCUUAUGCAACUAAUUGUAGUGUAAAUUUUGAUGCCAAUGCGGAUAGUUUUUGUGAUAGCACGGGUCUCUGGCUAGAAGUAUUGCAUUUGUUCAGUGAAAUGCAGAAGUGUUCAAUUCAACCUAAUGAAGUGACCCUUGUGGCUUUGAUUAGUGCUUGUGCUGAUUUAGGCGCACUUAGUCAAGGAAUGUGGGCUCAUGGUUAUGUAGUUAGAAAGAAACUUGGGCUUAAUAUUUAUCUUGGCUCUGCAUUGAUCAAUAUGUAUUCAAAUUGUGGGUGUCUCAAGUUGGCUUACCAGUUGUUUGAUGAAUUGCCCGCGAGGGACACGUUUUGUUAUAAUGCUAUGAUUAGAGGGCUUGCAGUUCAUGGUCAUGGUCGAGAGGCGCUCGAAUUGUUUGAGAAGAUGGCCCUGGAGGGGUUAGUUCCGGAUGAUGUCACACUUUUGGUUGUAAUGUUUGCUUGCUCACAUUUGGGAUUGGUGGAUCAGGGGUGCAAAUACUUUUACGCAAUGCACAGAGAUUAUGGGAUUGCCCCUAAGCUCGAACAUUAUGGUUGCCUAGUGGAUAUCUUGGGCCGAGCAGGUCGUGUUGAGGAGGCCGAGGAAACGAUUCAUGCCAUGCCCUUGAAGCCUACUGCUGUCUUAUGGAGGUCUUUACUCGGGGCAGCUAGAGUUCACGGGAACAUACAGGUGGGGAAAGUUGCCUUGAAGCAUUUGAUACAACUGGAGCCCGAAACUAGCGGGAAUUAUGUUCUCCUUUCAAACAUUUAUGCCAGCAUGAAUAGAUGGGAUGAUGUGAAGAAUGUCAGGAAGUUGAUGAAAGAGUUUGGGAUAAAUAAAAUGCCAGGAACCAGUAUCCUUGAGAUUGAUGGAGAAAUGCACGAGUUUUCUAGUGGUGACAAAACACAUCCAAAAGCGAAAGAGAUAUAUUUGAAGCUAGACGAUAUGAAUGGUAGGCUAAAGGAGCAUGGUUAUAAGCCAAGAACCAGAGAAGUGUUGUUUGACAUUGAAGAGGAAGAGAAGGAAGAUCAUCUUUCAUAUCAUAGUGAAAGGUUAGCUAUUGCUUUUGCUCUUAUGGAAUGUCGUUCUGAUUCACCUAUUAGAAUUAUAAAGAAUCUUCGAGUAUGUGGUGAUUGUCAUGAUAUUACAAAACUUAUUUCAAGGAUAUAUGGAAGAGAGCUUAUAGUAAGGGACAGAAGUAGAUUUCACCAUUUCAGGGAAGGGACCUGUUCAUGUUUGGACUAUUGGUAACUUGAUCUCUCGAUGGUAAAAUCACACUCUCUAUGAAUCCUUUAUUUCAGUGGCAGGAAUUAUCCCAAGAAUCAUCAUAAUCACGCCUGUCUCUCUCUUUGACGAGCACGCAUAAUGAUCUUGACAACCGUUCAAGAGAUUUUCCAAUAUCAAGGCAUGAUUCAAUGCACUUUUCAGAUUUCGAAGCCAAAGUCCCAAGCAGUUGAUUACGAAGAAUAUGAGCCAUCUCUAGCAUUUCAACCAUAAUGCCUCCUUUGAAACCAUUUUCAUGACACCGUCUCAGUCCUCUGCACACAUGGACAAGUAAUAAAGCAUUUCAAACUGGGUUAUGUGGAAGAUGUGCUUGCAAUCCGUGGGCAUGAGGUGGUUUGUGAGACGGCGAGAUCUCAAGUAGUUGAGGUGAUUAUGAGGUGAAGCAGAGGGCUGCUUUCAAGAUUAAGGCGUCGAAGAUGGAAAGAUCAAAAUGUAAAAAAUGAUCAAAUCAAGAUCAAAUGGUGUGACAGAAAAUUUACAAACAAAACGUGUUUAUAAGAAUGCCAAUCGAAGACAGGUUGAAGAAGCUGAAGCAUCCAGGGCACCCAAUCAACGAUGCUUAGUUCAGCUCUACUAGUAUGUACCGGGCAGCUCAAAGAGAGAUUGUAUCAAAGAAGGUUCGUUCAAGCGGAGGCCAGCGGUGGGAAUUCCAACUUCCUUCUCUCAGUUGAAAUCAAACGUAAUAAGAAAGAUAAUGGGCGACCAAGGGGAUGAGCAAGCAUAAGGAAGUAGCAUAUCUAUUUGCUUUUCUGGGCUUUACUUGAGCAGUAUGACGCUAUACUAGUAACCCGGUCAAGAGCAACCGGUUCAGCUUUUGAAAUUAGAGCUAUACAAACAAGGGCAAAAGGGUCUA